GAAGAAAACGAUGAAGAAAAAGAAGAAGAAAAAGAAGAAGAAGAAGAAAAAGAAAAAGAAGAAAAAGAAGAAGAAGAAGAAAAAGAAGAAGAAGUAGAAGUGGAAGUGGGAGAAGAAGAAGAAGAAGAGGAGGAGAAAGAGAAGGAAGAGGUUGCCUCUUCUAUCGAAACAAUAACUAUUAAUGAUAAUCAUGUUGAUGAACUACUUACACAUGUCAUUCACACAGAUGAUAAAAAUGGUAUUUCGGCUAUUACAGUGAAUGAUGAAGAUGCUAAAACAACAGAGGAAUCGUCAAGUCAUUCUUUUGAACAUAAAGAUAAUGCCAUAAUCACUGAUGUAGAAAUUCCUACUAUCAUGAUUGAUAAAGAAGAUUCAACAAAGAAGACACUAAUAAUGUCGGUUGCUCUUUCCGAGAAUGAAAUAGAGGAGAUAAAAGAAGUCACGACGAUAAAUGAUUCUCAAGAUAAUAAUGAACAACAACAACAACAACAACCUACAGAAAUUCAGGUUUCAAAUCCAGAGGAAACUAGUCAUAAUUCUGUUUUAAUAAAUGAGGAGGAAGAAGUGAUAGUAAUUAAUGAAGAGAAUACCAAAUUAGGUGAAUCCGUGUCUUCUCCUUUAAAAGAAGAGAAUAGCAUGAUAGAAGGAAAUAUUCAAGCUUUAUCGAAAGAAAAUGAAUUAGAUACGAGUAAAAGUAGUAACUCUCAUCAUUCACUGAUAACAGCAAGUCCUAUUGAUAGCAAUUCAACAAGUAGCAAGUUAUCUGGUGAUAUUCAUCAAAAUGAAAAUAAUAGCAUCUCAAAUGAGACUGUGUCAGAAGAAGGAGAUGAGCAAUCAUGUAGUUAUUCUAGAAAUACAUCGAAAAGUUCUCAAUCUCAUGAGGAGAAGAAGAAGAAGAAGAAAAUGAUAAGUAAUGUUCAUGAUAAACCAACACAAUCUACAGAAGAUAUUAGAAAUAAGAAGAAGUUAAUGACCAGUAGCAAGAAGAUACCGCGUACAAGUACAAAAAAGAAUGUAGUAACAGAUUCUGUUACCAAAAGACUUGCACAUAAUAAAAAGUUAGGAGAUAUGACUACAAAGAAACCAACUAUUCAAAAGCUGAUAUCUACAAAAUCAUUGGUUUCAAGAUUAACUGCACCCACAGAAGCUAGUGCACGUAGAACCAAUAACCAGUCUGUGAUAGAGUUGACUCAUACUCGUAUGAGAAAGUCGACUGAGCCAAGCUUAAAAGCUACUAAUACGAGUCGUAAUACUCCUACUACUACUAAGAAGUCUAGUACUACUGGUAACACUCAUUCCAAUCGUAAGCAACUUGAUACAAAACCUAUCACCAAUGUCAUCCAUCCUUCUUCUCCUUCAAACACUACAAUGGAUACAAAAAAGACUGUUACAAGUUCAAUUAAACGUACGACUCACCACACCACGGGAACUCGUCCUACUAAACCUAUCUCAACCGUGAAAAGUAAAACAACAACGAGAAAGGAAAGUCUGCCAAAUGACGCAAUGAAAUUGAAAAAACCUGUUGGUAUUCGUGACAAAAAGAAAUUAGUGUUACGAGAAAAGAAACAUGAUAGUCCUACUAGCACCUCUCAUCAAACUAAAAAAUCUACUAUUCAUCUUGUAGAAGAAGAUAAUGAUACGAAUAAGAAGAAAGUAAUGGCUACUGUUCCUAAAACCACUCUACAGGUUGAUUCAAAUAAGGACAUGGUUGAAGAGAAUGAAACAGAAAAUAAGAGUGUACACAAUAAUAAUGAUGAUGAUAAUACAACCAUCAUUCCAAUUACUGAAACAAAUGAAAAAAAUGAAAAUCAUAUCGAAUCAGACAUAAAAGAAUUAGAAAAGGAUCAUAUAGUUAUGAACACUAAAGAAGAAGAAAUCCCUAUUCAAUCAGAUACAAAAGAAGAAACUCACGAUAAUGUAAUAACCAUUAUCGAAAAAGUGGAAGAAGAAAAAGUUUUGAUUAAAGUAGAGAAUGAAGAAAGGGAUGAACAACAUUCAGUUACUGAUACAGAAGAAGUAGUAAAAGAACUUGAAAAGGAACAAGUAAAUAUUGCUAUUAAUAAGCCCAAGAUGGCAUCUCUUCGAAGUAGAUUUGAGAACAUUCAAAACACUGACGCUUCUAAUAAGCAAUUACAAACAAAAGAUAUUCUUCGUUCAAAAUCUCCUAAUCGUAUUUCUGAUAUGAUUAAUCGUUUUACAGCUACUAAAUAAAUAAGCCUCAAUUAUCUAUAUUAUAUUAUAUAAUAGGUCAAAAAAAAA